AUGGGUUUCUUAUACAGCCAAUUCUUCAAAACACCGCUCUAUCCCACAUCCGACUUCAGCGGCAAGACUGUCAUCAUCACGGGUAGUAAUGUUGGCCUCGGCAAAGAAGCAGCUCGUCACUACGCGCGCUUAGAUGCUAGCGUGCUCAUCCUCGCCGUGCGCAGUCUCGACAAGGGCUUGGUAGCAAAGCAAGAAAUCACACGCACGACUGGCCACAAAAAUAUCAAAGUCUGGAAGCUCGACAUGAGCGACUACACCAGCAUACAAUCAUUUGUCAAGCGCGCCGAAGACGAGCUAGAUCGCGUCGAUGUAUUCAUCGCCAACGCCGGCGUGGUGCGCUCGCAGUACCAUGAAGUCAACGGGCACGAGGAAGGAAUAGCUGUCAACGUUAUUGCUACAACGCUGCUUAUGCGAUCUGCUCCAGACGGCCAAAUUCUGACUACGCUAUCGCACAGAGAAACAUGUGAAAAGUACUGGUCGCAACAGUAUCCCGUGUCCAAGCUGAUUCAGCUACUCAUCGUGCGCGCCAUUGCUAAUCGUCAUCCGGCCAACGUGUUCCCUGUGACUGUCAACAUUGUUAAUCCGGGGUUGUGCUGGUCUGAGCUAGCGCGCGAGGCUACAGGCUGGGGGUUUUGGCUCUUCAGAUUGGUGGUGGCAAGGUCGGCUGAGGUGAGCGGUAGGACACUGGUACAUGCAGGUGCCGAGGGCAUCGAGACACAUGAGAAGUACCUGAGUGACUGUGUGGUUGACGAGCCGAGUGCGCUGGUGACGGAUGCAGCGGGUAAAGAGGUGCAGGCGCGGAUUAUGGCGGAGGUUAUUGAUGCGAUAGAGGUCAUUCAGCCAGGUGUGUCGAAGAAUUUCUCGGCUGUGUGA